AUGGAUAAGACCGAUCUCGAGACCUAUCAAGUCCAACUCUCUCAAGUUGAACUGGCGUUAUCCACGGACCCAUCCAAUGCUGAACUCGCUUCAUUGCGUUCACAACUUAAAGAACUCAUUGAAUUGUCACAGGAGGCACUUGCGCUGGUCGAAGCGGCCUCAUCUUCGAAAUCAGACAACCGCAAGGCUGCUAUAAGUACUCCCUCCCAUACUUGGUCUGCUGGAGACGAAUGUUUGGCGAAGUAUUCUGGAGAUGGUGCUUGGUACCCAGCUCGAAUCACGUCUAUCGGAGGGGCAGCAGAGAAUCGUGUUUAUAGCAUCAUGUUUAAAGGCUAUAACACCACCGAGCUAGUGAAAGCUUCCGAGAUAAAACCUCUACCACCAAAUUAUGCCAACGUCACUCCGUCGUCGUCGAAUAAACGUAAGCUGAGCAAGGCUGAGGAGGAGGAGAGGGAAAAGAAGAAGAAGAAAAACGAGAAAAAGCUUGAAUCUAAGGCUGCGAAGGCGAAGGAGCAGACGCAAAAGCAAGCGACAUGGCAAAAGUUUGCAAAGAAAUCAGAAAAGAAAGGUGUUCACAUCGCGGGGGUCUCUGGGACGAGCAUAUUCAAGACCCCAGACAACCCACUAGGGAAAGUUGGCGUAACAGGGAGCGGCAAAGGGAUGACUGAGGUAGCCUCUAAGAGCAAGCACAAGUUCGACGUUCAGGAUGAUGAGGCGCAAUAGAAGUGAUACAAAAUUUAUGAGUUCUUUGUCUUCUCUCUUGUAACACUGUGAUGCUGUCUUGACGCGAUACCCCUGGUCGCUAGGCGCACGGCAAAGAAACUCCACAUCUUUGGGCUACAUAGAGCAUAAGUGUUUUCCUUCCCUUCUUCUCGAUCAUCGCCUCAUGUCCCGCUCCAUCUUUUCAUCGUUCACAUCGUUAGAGCUCAACGGCGAGGCUCAACACCAGCUUUGUAGUUGCGAUACAAAGUCGCUAAGUAACACCUACACUUACCACCGUCUACUGAUUGCGUUUUGACAUUCAAGCAAUUUUUCCUUGGCCGUUGUAAUGCAUUUGUUGUUAGUGCCACGGGCGUCUGAGUACCUACAAAGUAGCUUACUGC